CACAAGCCUUAGCUUUCUAAAAAAAAUGGUCCUCUCAAUGCGAUCGUCGCUGCGCGUUGCGUCCAAGACUUGCACAACAGGGACUUGCUGCCCGCUGCUUCGCCCACAAUUGCAUAGGUCGCCCUUUGUAGCUCAAGCGGUGUUCGGUAAGGCCAAGGCGAAGACAGCAAAGACAACUAAGCGCGCUACGGUGGCCCCAGAGCCGUCGUUCAACCUGCAGCUAGGCCUUCUCGGACUCUCGGGCUUGUCAUUCUAUGAGAACAACUAUGGACUAGGCGGCUUUCUGGGUUUCCUAGGCAUCUUCCUUAUUUACCAGGCAACGCGUAUCCGGUUCUCUUUUGAUGAUGAGGGCCUGGAGGUGCUGCGUGCCGGCAAGGAAAGUGAGAACGUGAUAGUGGGCGGCCGCAACCGCUGGGAAUACUCCAGCUUUAUCAACUGGGAGUUCUUCUGGCCUGGUUUCCCCGUCCUCGUCUACUUCAAGGAGAACAAGACCCGGCCAGAGGGUCAGGUGCACUUCUUCCCCAUCAUCUUCAACGGCAAGCAGCUGUACGAUGUUAUGGUGGAGCGCUGCGGACCCUCUAAGAACAGCGGACCUAAGAAGUGAGCAACCGGGAAGAGAGAGGAGGGAGCAACUGAGAGCUGGAAUCAGCAGGGAUCCCAUACUUUUUGCAAGGAACUAAUGGAUACGAGGUGCUUUCUUCCAGCCGGAGAGGUCAUCCCAGGUGAAGCAUGGACAAGGGACUCUGCGGCAUGUUUCCUGUGGACGUUGUGAGGGUUCUGUAAGUGGUGCGUGCGUGUCACAUGCUUGUUAAGCGAGCUUGGCAUGCAGAGGGUUGGUAUGGGUUUUUUCGCUGAUGUAAGACUGUUGGGCUCGUCUGUCACAGGUUGACUUACCUGAAGCAGAUCUACGACACUGUACUAUAAAGUUGUAACUGAAGAUUUGUCGUUUAAGUGCACGUGGUCUAGAAUUAAGGAGCAAGUCGUGUGGUGUUCAGGAAGAGGUUGGCGCACUGAUGGGGACAUGUGGUUCACAUGGGGGAAUGAGGUUGACAAGCGGCAUGCAGUGACAGUCAUACUGUGUUGUCCGUAGUAAACAAACAUUUGACGAACUUAAAUCCACGCUAUUUAACGGCUUGAUCAAUG